CUUCUUGUUGUUAUCAGUUUAUUACACAACAAAUGCGUACCAAUUGAAGGUUUCGAUAACAAAUCCUUUUAAAAAUAAAGAUGUUUCGAAACUAGUAGUAAAUAAAUUAAUUUUUUUUUAUUUUGUGAAAGAUAGUACAAUGUCCGUGAAUAACAUUGAAUCUCUUUGUUCUCAAAGAGUUGGAUACAAUAAAAAGAUUAUUAAAACUGAUACGAGUAGUUUAGUACCAGAAGGAGAAAACUAUGGGGGAGAAAUGGUAAAAUUGAAUCUGGUGGUCCAGGACGAAAACAGCAAUCAGAGCGAAGAAAUACAUGUAGUGGUGAAAAAAAUUCCUCCCUCGGAAAUAUAUCAGGAAAUAUUUAAUAUCCAACAUACUUUUAGAGCUGAGAUUAAUUUCUACGAGAAACUUGUACCGCUGUUUCAAAAUUUCCAGAGAGAAAAUAAUGUACAGGAUGUUUUGGAUUGUUUUGCAAAAUUUUAUGGCAGCAGAUUGAAUUUGAAUGGAUCAGAAGAAGUUGAUUUGGAUGCUGCUAUAGUUUUUGAAAAUUUGAGUAUUGCAGGUUUCAGAAAUAUUGACAGACUUACUGGCUUUAAUUUUGAAGAGACCCAACUACUGUUAAAAUAUUUGGCCCAGCUUCAUGCUGUACCAUUAGCAAUUAAGAUCAGAAAUCCUGAAUUGUUUAAGCAAGAAAUAAGACCACAUUUAAAUAACGGUCUUCAUGGGAGUGGUGGUUUUGAAAUGGCUCUUCCUAUAAUCGAGGCAAUACUUAAUGAGUCUCAAAAAUGUGCACCUCUAGUACCAAAGAUCCAAAAACUCUGGCACAAGUUUUACUAUGAAGAAGAAGACAACGAAGCAAAGGAACCAUUCGCUACAUUCAGUCAUGGUGAUCCUUGGGUUAAUAAUAUUAUGGUCAAGUAUGCAAACGGUGUAGCAACUGAAUUAAAAUUUGUAGAUUUCCAGGUAUAUGAAUACGCCUCCCCAGUAGCAGAUUUUCUAUAUUUCAUGUUUACGAGCGUUCAAAAUAACGUCCUGAAAGAAAAUAUUGAUGAUUUUCUAAAAUUCUAUCAUAGCAGCCUUUUACAAAAUUUAAAAGAGCUGGGAUGCGAUCUGGAACCAUUUGGUUAUGAUAGAUUUUUAAAAGAAUUUGAAGAACAUACAUACAUAUCGUUGAUUUGGGUUCUAACUUUUAUCCCUUUUGUGGUUUUUGGAAAAAAAGGUGAUGAUUCUACAGUACCUAGUUUUCAGGAUAUUAAAUUUAGUGACAGUUUAAGUGUAGAGGAUGCUAGAAAGAGAUUGCCUCAGGUAGUCAAAGACAAAAUUCACUUUAUUGUCGAAUAUUCUGCAAGAAAUAACUGGAUUUAAAUAGAUAAAUCUUAUAAAAAGUAGUAUUAUACUACAUUGUCUUAAAUACAGUAUUUAUUAUAAA